AUGGGAGCAGAGAACGGGGAGGACGAGACGCAAGCUUGCAGUCAGGAGUCUAUUGAUUUAGAUGAUUCUCCUCCACUGGAAGAUUCAGAGGAGCUGUACUUUGGCCGUGAACCACACGAACUGGAAAACAGCAGUGACGACGAUGGUGGAAAGUAUAAUGAAGAUGACGAAGAAGAUGAAUCAGAGACAGGAUACUGGGUCAAAUGUUGUUGUAGUUGUCAAAUUGAUCCCAACACGUGGGAGCCUUUCUACUCCACAGAACUACUCCGUCCGGCCAUGAUCUUCUGCUCGCGAGGAGAGGACGGGCACUGGGUCCACGCACAGUGCAUGGAGCUGUCAGAGAGCCUGCUUUUGAACUUUUCCCAAGGCAGUAAGAAGUACUUUUGUGAGGACCAUGGAGGGCUGCCCUACCAAGAAGUGACCCCUCCAAAACCUCAGCACAAACAUUCCAUAAAAAGAACGCCCAUGAAAGUGAAGAGACUCAAGAGACUGCCACUUAUGAUUAAUAUGAAGCCAGCCAAAAAGAGCUUCUGUAGAAGGCUCUUCCAUGAUUAG